AUGUGGCCACUUUUGCGAUUACUCCCAAUCCGGCAGACACCAGCCGGUGCGAUCGUCGCUAGGCUAGCCUGGAGCUGCUACUCCACCGACACUCCCCAUCCGAUCGUCGACCUGCCGGGUUUGGGAAAACUGAAGGGUUCAUACACUAAAGGCGCCUGGACCGGUGUUCCGAUUCAGCAGUACUUGAACGUUCGCUACGCUGAGCCUCCCGUCGGUCAGAAUCGUUUCAAGGCACCGGUUCCCGCUAAACCGUGGGACGGCAUUCAGGAUGUAUCGGUACGUGGCCGGGCGGCUCCAAAUUACAACGACAUUAAGAAAAUUCCCGAAGACCAACGGAGCAUCGCGGAGCUGGAGGAUUGCAUUAGUUUGUGCGUCUAUACGAAGGACACCAGCGCCAGGCGGCCGGUCGCAAUCUACAUCCAUGGCGGUGGGUUUUACUGUGGUGGGGCCGCUCAACACCCACCCGAGUAUCUGCUCGAGAAGGACAUCGUCCUCGUAGUUCCCCAAUAUCGGCUAGGGCCGCUCGGUUUCCUGUGCACAAAGACCGAAAAUAUCCCGGGAAACGCGGGCGUCGCCGAUGUACUGUUGGCGUUCGAGUGGGUCCAGAAGUACAUCUCACAUUUCGGUGGUGAUCCGAUGCAAGUGACGGCCGUUGGACAGUCGGCAGGUGCUGGACUUUUAUCGGCACUAAUGUUCAGCCCGGCCCUCAAGGAGUCUCACUUCCAGCAAGUGAUCCUACAGUCGAGCACCUCCUUCGGAACCUGGCAGUUCGAUCAUCAUUCUGAUCGCAACACCCGGGACAUCGCACGUCGGGCCGGAUGCGACCCAAAGGUACCGCUCGAGCAGCUGGACCAGUUUCUACUCGAGCAGGACACCAACACGUUGCUGAAAGCCUACAUGCAGCACUUUUGGCAGGGACUGACCAGAGGUGUCGACCAAAUCGGAGGCCGUCUGGUGAUCGGUGGCCCGUCGCAAAUCUUUCCCGUCAACCCGUACCAGGUGAUGAAGACCGGUGGCGGAAGGCAAAAUAUCCCGAUGCUGAUCGGGGUAGUUAAAGAUGAGGGAACGUUCGCACUGGUCGAUAUGUUCACGGUCCUCACGGUACUCAAUGUACUGGACAAGAAGGAGUUUCUGCGCUUCGAUCUAACGGAGGAAAUACAACGGAUUUUUGGAACGGUUGAACCAACCUGUUCCCUGACGCCGUUGGCCAUUAGAAGCUUGUUCGAUGUAGAGGCAGCCGCAAAUGGAGACACCAUGAAAAUGAUCCCGGGAUUGAUUGAUCUUUGCGGAAUGAGCUUGAUCAAGUCCGGCGUGCUGCGUACGGCGCAGUACAAUAGUAGACACACGCCCGAUCGUACCUUCGUCUACACGUUCGAUUACGAAGGGCAACACACCCGUUUCGGAUACGAUCAAGACAUUAGCCGCGUUCCGUUCGACGGUGGAGUCCAUCACAGCAACGAUCUGCUGUAUCUGUUCCCGUAUCCUCCCAGUGCGGCCGAACUGAACGAACGCGACACGAGCAUGGCGAAAAGUAUGGUCGACCUCUGGACGUCGUUCAUUAUCGAUGGCAUUCCGUCGUCACCGGACGUUCCUCACUGGCCACCGUUCAACAAAAUUUUCGGUCCAUACUUGCACCUGAACGAACGGAUCACGGAGGGCAGCAACUUCCUAGACGAGCUCACGGUCAACGCCGACGCGGCUCGUCACCAGGCACCACCGCCGCCGUCGGACAAAGAUACUGACGUCUGA